CAGGGCCCCCCCGCCCUGCGCGGGGCCGGGGCCGGGGGCGGCGGGGAGCGAGGCGGGGGCGGCCGGGAGCAGGUGGAGGCGAGGCCGGGCCCGGGGCGGCCGAGUCGCGCCUCGGCGGGGCCUGAGACGUGCGUGUCCGCAGGGCGGCCGGAGCCGGGCGGCGGAGGGGCAGGCGCAGCCCAUGGGCGGAGGAGCCCGGCGCCGCGGGCCGGGCCGAGGGCUGCGGCCCUGCCCGGGGGGCUGCGGGGCGGCCGGACUCUGAGCCCCCCGCCAUGGAGCGCUUCUCCUCUUCGUGACGCCGCCGCGCUUCGCUCCGUCGGGGGAGCCGGCAAGCGAGAGACGCGCCGGGGAUCGGAGCGGACUGUGCCGGAGGGGGCUGCCUCGCGGCCCGUUUCUCCCUUUUGAAAGUACCUCUUCGUUCUGCCGUUCUCUCCUUAAAUGGUUGUCGCUUUGUACCUCCCACGGAGGGAUGAGUUAGACUCAGAAUUGGCGCUAGCUCAAUUAUUUGUGUAGAGCACUUGGUGAACCAGAGAGAGCUGUUCCUUGGACUGUGUCCCUCGCCCUUCCCAAAUGUGAGCCUGUCACAGCCAGUACGGAGAAGGGCCUCUUCUUGUCUUCAAGACACUUGCUUCUGCCUUCCUUUUCCUUUGUCCCCCCCCCAAAAAAAAAAAAAAGCCAAACCCAACACUGAGUCCACAAAGAACUUCUGCUGAUCUAAGGAAGAGCCUGUGGCAUCUCUGUCUUCUCCUUGCCUCCCAAGAUCCUGGCUCUGGGCUGGAUUUCCUAUCCUCGAUUUCAGGAUUAGCUACAGAGAAUCAGGAUCUUGGAUAUUUUUGAUUUUUAUUUUUAGUAGAACCUUUUCAACCGAGAAGCUGAAGCUGUCACUGCUAAAACCCCGUUUUUUUUUCCCAAGCAUGUCAGAAAGCUGGCAGCAGCAACAGCAGCAACCACAGCAGCAGCCGCCACCACCACCGCAGCAGCACCAUACGGGGGCCGCCACCCUUGCAGAGCACUCCAUCCCACCGAGCACUGCUGAAAACCCCUUGGGCUGCGCCGUCUACGGCAUCCUGCUCCAGCCGGACCCCAGUCUGCAGCACCACCAGCACGCUCCGAUCCAGGCUGGAGAGCCGUCCCACAAAUGCGGUGUGUGUGGCCACGACCUCGCUCACUUGUCCAACCCCCACGAGCAUCAGUGCUUGCCAGGCCAUGACCGCUCUUUCCAGUGCACCCAGUGUCUGAAGAUCUUCCACCAGGCCACCGACCUCCUUGAACACCAGUGCAUCCAGGUGGAGCAGAAGCCUUUUGUGUGCGGCGUGUGCAAGAUGGGCUUUUCUCUCCUCACUUCACUGGCGCAGCACCACAAUGUCCACAAUGGCAACGCCAUGAAGUGCUCUAUUUGCGAGAAGACCUACAAGCCUCCCGAGGCAGAGCAUUCGCAACCUCUUGACCCCUCAGAGAAGCCCUACAGCUGCUCCAUCUGUCAGAAGACCUUCAAGCACCUCUCGGAGCUCUCCCGCCAUGAGCGCAUCCACACGGGAGAGAAGCCGUACAAGUGCACGCUGUGCGACAAGAGCUUCAGCCAGUCGUCUCACCUGGUGCACCAUAAGCGGACGCACAGCUCGGAGCGGCCCUACAAGUGCACGGUGUGCGAGAAGACCUUCAAGCACCGCUCGCACCUGGUGCGCCACAUGUACGCACACUCGGGGGAGCACCUCUUCAAGUGCAACGUCUGCGAGCUGCACUUCAAGGAGUCGUCGGAGCUGCUGCAGCACCCCUGCACGCCCAGCGGGGAACGGCCCUUCCGCUGCGGGGAGUGCCAGAAGGCCUUCAAGCGCCCCUCGGACCUGCGGCAGCAUGAGCGCACGCACAGCGAGGAGCGGCCCUUCAAGUGUGACCUCUGCCAGAUGAGCUUCAAGCAGCAGUACGCGCUCAUGCGCCAUCGCCGCACACACAAGGCCGAGGAGCCCUUCAAGUGCAACCUGUGCGAGAAGGGCUUUGUGCAGCCCUCACACUUGGUGUACCACCAGCACGUGCACGGCAUAGAAAACCUCUUCAAGUGCAACGUGUGCCAGAAGGGCUUCAACCAGUCCUCAGAGCUGCUGCGGCACAAGUGCGUGCAGAAUGCAGAGCGGCCCUUCAAGUGCGCGGUGUGCAACAAGUCCUACAAGCGGGCCUCGGCCCUGCAGAAGCACCAGCUGGCCCACUGCGCCGAGAAGCCGCUCAAGUGCACGCUUUGUGAGAGACGUUUCUUCUCCUCCUCCGAGUUUGUGCAGCACCGCUGCGACCCGGCCCGUGAGAAGCCCCUCAAGUGCCCCGACUGUGAAAAGCGGUUCAAGUACGCCUCGGACCUGCAGCGCCACCGGCGUGUGCACACGGGCGAGAAACCCUACAAGUGCCCCUCGUGCGAGAAGGCCUUCAAGCAGCGUGAGCACCUCAACAAGCACCACAGCGUGCACGCCCGGGAGCAGCAGUACAAGUGCAUGUGGUGUGGCGAACGGUUCCUGGACUUGGGCCUGCUGCAGGAGCACAGCGUCCAGCACACGGCCGAGGGCGCCUACCAGGUGGCUGCCUGCUUGCCGUGAGCCUCCCGCCCCUCGGCGGCUUUCAGCUUGCAUGUGACGCUCCUGAGCCUCGGCCUCCCCUUCCCUCUCCUCGGUUGUAGAUGGCCUCCAGAGAAUCGUGGGGGAAAGGGGAGGUAGGGCGGGCAGUCGGGUAAACUUUCCUCUGGUCUCUGUGGUUGAUGUGCCACCUAUAUUCCAAAGGUGAUGGAUGACGUGAAAAGCUUGACGGGGAUGGAGAGGAAAGGAGGGAUGUGGGGAGAGGAAAUGAUGCCUGUAGUUGCCUGGUGUCCCCUGGACUGUAGUUCACACUAUAUCUGCAGUUCCAGUGCUGAGAGCUGGCAGGUCUCUGCCCAGCUGCUCUCUAUGGACAGCAGCCCUUCACACGGGACUUCUUUCCCCUGUCCUGUCCGGUGGCGUCAGUGGAGAGAGCUGGGUAACUCUCCUCUCGGAGAGUGCUUGGGAACAAGGCCGAGUCAGCCCUCCCUUCUCCCUGGGUGCGCUGCUCAGCGACAGAGCAGAAGGUUUCCACUGCUGGGAUCUCCCAGCUUUGUUAGUCCGAGUUCAACUGAGUGACUCACGAGGACUGUUUCAGAUCGGUAGCAUUGAUUGACUGCCCCGACCUGCCCUGCUCUCCCUCUUUCUAGAGUGUAGGAAGGGAAAAGCCGUGGGGCUGCACAGGUCCAAAACGCACUUUGGCAUUGCUGCUUUUGCAGUCGCUGGCUGUAAUGCUCUGCGAGGGUUUCAAGCAAGCCUGCCCGUCCCUGCCCGGCAGCAAGGGGAAGAGUAACGAGCACUGCACGCUACCUGAGAGCGUGGCGAGGAGAGUCUCUGCGCUGUACUUCUGGCCGAGAGCCUGGGGUUUACAGUCUGCUUCUUGAGGGACCUAGCUCUCCUCUGAAGACUUACCUCCAAGCCCCUUCCCUCCUUGUACCGCCUGGGCCAUUAGCAUACCUCCAAGGGGGGGUCAAGCAAAGGGACAUCCUAGCGGCUGAACACUAAUGGGUGAGGCAAACACUACUAAUAACCUACAGCUUCAGAAAUGAGCUUGGCCGUCUUCAACUUUAACCCACGCUGUGCGCCUGGGGCUUGGUGUCUGACUUGCUGGGAGCACAGUAGUUCUGUCCAGAGUGAGCAGGGAGGAGUCCUUCCUGGCCUGUGGGGUCAGCUCCAUGGGAAGGGGAAGGUUAGCAGGAGGUAAAGGAGGAGCAUAUUUUUCCUCCUCUUAUGGGAGUCCCUUUUUAUCGCUCUAUUCUUUCUUCUUCUCUUCUGUAUUUUUCAGGUUUUGCACAGUUCCUGUAAACAUCACUUAAAAAUAAAUUUCCCCUUAGCAAGAUUGAUGCAGCCUCAGGUGUUUUCCUCUGCAGGGUUUUGCUGUCUUCUCAUGACCAAGAGCCUUUUAUGUGCCAGUUAGAUGCCCUCAAGGUUGAAGGAGCACUUACUAAGUUGCCCAUUGGCCUUCCCUUCUCCAUCUUCCUGGCCCUCAUUUGAGUUAGGAGUGUUCUGGCUAGCUGUUUUACUGAGCAGUAGCCAAUAAAUUGCCCAGGUGAUGAGGACAAGUUUAAUAAAUGUCUCCCCAGCAAAUAUAGACAGAUUAACCUUGCAGAGAGUCGGGCUGUACCUGCUUUGCUUGCAGUGGACGCUAAUCUGAAAGACGGAGGAAGGCUUUUUGUCUCCAUUUCCAGCACUGUCAGGGGGAACAGAGUGCAUUUCCACAGGGGGCUGGGACAGUUCAGUGACAAAUCUGACCCCGGGGCUGAGGCUUCUUCAUGUGCGGCUUUAAGGAGUUUAAAAUAAACCUUGCUCUCUGCUGCCCAAAGAGGAGGAACCGAUGCUCCUCUUACUUCACGCUGCCUCAAAGAUGUAGAACUUCCUACCAAGUUUUUCUGUCUCUGUUUCUUUUUCCAUUUUUUGCUUUUUUCUAAGCAGUUUGUUAAUAUUCAUUAAAAAAAAUCCUGUAUAGUUUAACUUGAUGUCAUACUGGAUCUUUUUAAACAAAAAAAAGAAGAGAGAUGUCAUAACCUGGAUUUUUAAAGACCUCUCCAGUUCUAGGUAGCUGGUUUUUGAUGUUUAAUAUAUAGUGAGUCCAGUGUAUGCUUAACUAUAGGAGUAAAAAUGAAUUGAAAACGAGGAAAGCUAACUUUGUCUUUAUAGAAGGGCUGGGCUUGGUGGUGCUGGAGGCCUCCCUGGUUGAAGUUUAGGUUCAGAGCUGGGGGACUGAAGCCCGUGGUUUCGAAGUGCUGUCGCCUUGUGCAGCUGGCCUCUCCAGCUCUAAAACCCCUUGGUGUGCUGGUCUGUGCUCGUUCCUUGGAGACUUGCUGGGAAUAACCAGCACUUCUGAACUGGCUCACGAGUUAACAAAUGCUGCUUUAAAAUUAAGUGAAGAUCUCUCUCUGAGUGCUCUCUGGACUCAUGCUGGUAGUGGGAGCACUGCCUGGUAGGUGUGGGCGUACGGGCUGAGUGUUACGCUUUAGACUCCUUGAAGUGGUCAAAUGGCAAACAACAGGCUAUUGUGUAGUAAAUACCACACCCGCGAGAUAAGGAGGGCGGCUGUGGAGGCAGAUAUACCUGUGUACUUCGAGUCAUCUAGCCCUUCUCAAGUGGGGAGAUAGGCAAGACAAGGGACUCCUUUCCUUGAGAAACGGGCCCUUCCUCCUGCCUUCCCAGCUGCGGUUUGUUUGCUUAGGUGUCCACUCGUUAGCUGUGAGCGCACGAUCUGUCAUCUCCAUGGUUUCGCAGCCAGUUUAGAAAUGCAGCACCCACGUGAACCCUUGUUCUGUUCCGUCUGGCGUCAGCGCUUCCUCAGGCUGUGGUUAACUCUCUGUUCUUGCCCGAAGCAGCCCGACGCAAGUGUUGUGCUUGGCUGGAGACAGGUCCUGCAGAGCAGGGCGUUCAGACUGCCCGCUUGAGCGCGACGCUGGCAGCUCUUUCUGCCCGGCCGUAUGGUUAGUCGCCGGUUCAGGGCCCGGAGCUGGGAGGAGGCGGAGGGGAGGCUCACCUUCGUAGUGGGAGAGUGUGAAAGGGAGCCUGCUGGCCUGAGAGGCUCUGCGGCUUUGCUUCCUUCUGAGUCAGCUGCUGGCUGGAGGAGAGGUUUGGAGAAAUCACUAACGUGGACACCAACUGGCUGUACUCUACUGUCUCCUCUCCCCGGGGACCUGAGUGAUUCUGCAGUUUCUCUCUGCCUCGGUGGCUUGGCAAAGUCAUUGGAAAGAAGGAGUCUCACUUUCUGAUUUUGGCAGUCUGGUGUUCGGGGCAGAGGAGAGAACGGGGCAGCUCUGGCCUCUCUCCUGCGAUCUGAGGAUAGUGGUGGGUCCCAGACGCGGCUCUGUGAUGUGCUUUGCUCUGGGUACGCCGCUGCCCAGCCCUGUCCCCUUUGAAUCAGCACUUGCUGGGAGCAGGCGAUUGUCCGGAAACGUUUCCCUCUGCUUGGCUGCUGCAGAGCAGCACAGAAAGCCCUUAGAGGGACGGGAAGGAGCCCCGGCUCCCUGUUCAGCACGUGGAAACAGUGUAGUACACCAAGCGGAGAGCACCAUCAGGUCUGCGCACGGGAAGGGCUGUGCUCAGGCAAGAGGAGAUGCUGUAGAGAGCUCUUAGAGGACAAGUCUGCAGAUCCACGCCUUCAAACCCAGUGCCUGUGAGUAGGCACCUAGGUAAAAACCAGGCUGUGCAGGGGCACUGAACACUCGCAGACCGCGUUAUGCUUGAUGCGGCUGCGCCUCUCCUGCCAUCUCACUAGAAAACCUGGUCACCUUUAUCCAGGUGCUUCCCAUGUAUCUCCUUCAUUUAUUUUCAAGCGUUGAUGUUUGAAAACAUCUUUGUGUCAUGUUAAAUCAGCUUUGAGUAGGACUGGCGGCAGGCCAGUGGUGACUUGGACUCGUCAUCUCUUUUGCUGCCCUACAGCAGCCCGAAUCCAGUGAAAGUCUUAGUGGUGGAACAGGGGAUGGCUUCUGCUGUUAGACCUCAGUGCUAGCGGGUGAAUGUUCCCGCGUCUUUUGCUGGCGGGUUGUGAACCAGGCCUGUGUGGAGCAGGCGUUACUGAACAGCCACUGAUAGCCUUGAUUAUAUUUUUAUAAGGAGAUUGUUUAGUUGUAAGCAGCUCCGUUUCAUAAGGUUGGGCUGGGGGAGCAGGUUGGUCUCCGUUGCUGUGCCUUUGGGACACGUUUGUUUUUUUUACUGUGGGAGGAGAAGUGAUGAAAAUAGCAUGAGGCAUUUGGGUGUCAGGAGAGCAGCUCUGGGUGGGGAGGCAGGGGCCGGCUUGGGGGGACAGACUGGGUGUCACGCUGCAAAGGGCUCCCUAUAAACUGUUCAUAUUUCCUUUUCAAACCAAAGAGCAGUUGUGGCCAAAGCCUCUUUGGAGUAAAACACGUUUCUACUCUGUACCUCUGUUGCACUUCACUUCUGAUAUUUCUUUCAAGAGACUUGCAGGUUUCUUUGUGCUGCCUCUACUUGGCUUCACAUGUUAGUCAUCGACCUGUAGUACCUAAUGCAGUCAGCACGUUGGAGCUGGUAUUGUAUCGGCCCUUAGCGAGUGCUGAGGGACUCUGCCCAUGGGUGUCUUCAAGACCCGGUUGCCAAGCUGUUUGGAGAUGCUCUCUAGGGCUGGAGUAGGGAAUAGUCCUUUCUGAUGGGCUCUUCUCUUCUGGCUUUCCCAUGUGGGAAACAGGCAGUUUGAACAUAAGACAUCUUCAGGAAGGCAAGAGGAGGGUGGGUUAGGUUGGCCAAAGGCUGUUUGGAGGCUGUCCAGGAGACGCAUCCUGCUCUCUGGCUGCUCUGUGCUUGCUCCCAGGAAGAAGAUAGUCUCUUUCACCUGGGGAUUUUCAUCAACCUUCUCUUCCCCUUACCCUACGUACAGGAUGCCUUUAUCUGUGUCUUGACUCCUUCCCUUCCACGGUUAUUUUGAUUAUACUUUUGUAAGACCUUCUAGGCUUCUUUGCCCUUUGUUGGGUUCCUCUUUGUAAGCAAUGCUUUGUUUUCACCCCCUUUCCAUUUUGAUUGCUUGUCUCUGCGAGAUCUCUUCCCCCUCUCCUUCCCCUCAGAUUCCUCUCUCAGGCUGAGGCUGGUUCCAGGUGAUAUGGGAACCACUGAAAAUGAAGUUGGGUGUUUGGGACUGUGAACCUCACUGGAAUCCAGUGGGUAUUUUGGGUCCAUCCCCCCAUGAGGCCCCCUGUCUUGCUGGGCUUGUGUGAUGCUAACAACACCCCUGUGGCCUGGCAGUCUUGGCUUUAUUGGGUUGUGUCUGUAGUACAGCUAGUCCUAGCAAGUUAGUCUGAGCAAGCGUCCCAUUGCUUUGGGGUAGGAGCCAGAGCAGAGCUGUAUGAAACAGGCACCAGGGCUAGAGUUGCCAUUUUCAUUACCAUAUCCCCAAGACUGGGGAUUAAUUCAGUGUAGGGCUGUCAGGUGUUCCUGGGGAGAAAUCAUGGAGCUGCCUGGGCUGCAGUUUGACUGUUGGAUCCCCCUGGGAAUGCCUGCUGAGCUGCUCGGCAGAUCGCACAGAUGGCUAAACUGAUUUUUACCACGGUGUGGAAACCCCUGGAACUGCAGGUACGCCGAGGCUGCCCCAGGAGCACUCUGGAGAGCACCCUGUAAUCGGGGUGGGAAGAUGCACACGCUCUCAUCUUGCGGCCCAUGUGUUGGAGUGGGGGGUGAGGGGGAAAGCAUCCUCUGACAAUGGUUUGGGACUGUCUCCUGGCACUCAAGUCUGGCCUUGCACUGUUAGGAGGGAGGAGAGCACUUUCUACACUUUCUUUGGGUAUUCACCGUCAAGUCCGGGCUGCAACCAGAGCCUGGGUGUUAACUAAUGAAGCAAAAAACCUCUACGUCAUUGUUCUUCAGAGUGUGACUCUCCCUGUUGGGUGGUGAGUUACGCUGCGGGAAGGUCCCUGCACAUGCAUACAUAACGUUGAGAUGCAAUAAUGACGGGCAAGCAAGAUUUGGGGGGCUACGGCUCUACGUCGGGACUUUGGCAAGCACAGCUUCUCUUCUGAGCUGCAAGGCCCUAGGCUCCUUCUGCAGCACUUCUUCGGCAGCCGUCUCCGAGCGCUUUCUGGACGUGAAGAAGCCGCUCUCACGAUGUCCGCUGGCGAGAGAGCAGGACCUCGGGUUGCAGUCGUACCCUGAGGCACUUUGGGCUUCUCUCUCAAUGUUGCUGAGUGGUGGACCUGAGUGAUUUCAGGGCCAGUUCUUCAUUGCUGGGGAGUCUUGUUGAGACGGAGACCUUGCUGCAGCCCCAGUGAGGUUCCCGGAGGCUCCUCGUAACCUGUGGCUGUGGCUCUGGCCGAGUUCCCGGGGCCGUGGGAAGUUGUAGCCAAGGAUGAUGAGGUUUGUGUGGCUUGCAGUGCCUUUAACACUGCUCUCCAUGUGUUUCUAAGAUGAUAUUCCAUGUAUGUGUGUAUAUAUAUUGUAUUAACACAUCCCGCUCUUCUGUGUGUGUCGAAUGGUUUUGCUUUACUAAUAAAUUUAUAGUUAUUUAUA